CCGUCUCCCUCGCCCAAUUACACGCUGCCGCUCUUCUUGUCCAAUGAUAUCCUCCACCGCCAUUGACCGGCGACAGAUGACGUUCUUCUCUUUCCUACCUCUGUUGUUCCAGUUUUCAUCUCCCCUCACUCUUCCUCAUCCGUUCUCUUCCAAUACGAUGGUUACAGUGGGUAUUUUCUUGCGCAUAUCGCCAUCGCUAAGCUCCACCGCCAUCACUCUUCAACAUCUACUCAUCGUAUCCGCUUUGCUUCUCUCCAUGCUCAUGCUUUCUGGAAACCUCUGA